GCACAACUUAUGUAUGAAAGCAGAUCGAUCGGAAAGAACAUCGCGCAGGAACGUGUCGCAUAGGGGUGACGAAUAGGAGCGACACAUAGGUUCUCCUGCCGCUUACCCACGCCGCUCACCCGCGCCGCUUACCCGCGCUGCUCACCAACGCCGCCUACGAACUACUCAACAUAGGAACGCCUCGCCCACCACUCACCCAAACAUGAUCGAGUUCCUGCUUAUGGUCAACAAGCAGGGCCAAACGAGGCUAAGCCAGUACUACAACAGCCUCAGCAUCGAAGAGAAAACAAUCCUCGAGGGGGAACUCAUACGGAAAUGCCUGUCACGAGUCGACUAUCAAUGCUCCUUCCUACAGUACAGGGAGUACAAAAUUAUUUAUAGAAGAUAUGCCAGCCUCUACCUAAUCGUCGGAGUCACAAACCAGGACGUAAACGAAUUCGCCAUACUCGAAAUGAUCCACAAUAUUAUCGAAAUUUUAGAUAAGUACUACGAAAAUGUAUGCGAACUAGACAUCAUGUUUAACAUUGACAAAACACAUUUUAUAAUCGACGAAAUCGUGUGCAACGGUGAAAUAUGCGACAUGAACAAGUCCAAUGUCCUCCGCCCUAUUUUGCUAAUGGACAAAUUUUCUCCAAAAAUGUGA